AUGGACUCUCUCUUUGCCAUGGACCAAUACUACUCUUCCACUUCCAUUACCUCCAUUGAGGACACCGAUCCCAAGUUUGAGCUUGAAUCGUACGAGACCGUCCUCCCUUCUUCCGAGGUCGAUGCCUGCUCCACCAAGACCAGCUCGCCUGACCCAAAGUCUUCCCCGAGUGAGCGUGCCGCUUCGGACACCUCUGCUUCCCCUCGCGACACUCAGACCUGGAACAACAGCAACCGCCGACGAAAGCGCCACGAGGAGAUCCACCGCCCAUACGUCUGCGGCUGGGACGGCUGCAACAAAGCCUAUGGCCGCCUCAACCACCUCAACACUCACAUCGCCAUCCACCGUCACGGACAAAGACGCACCGGCAUGGACUUCCCCGCUGCAUCCCGCAAGAAGGCCCCCCGCACUCCUGUCCCCGAGAUCCCCUGCGAGCAGCCCGCUCUCUCCUCAAGCUCCUCCUCGCGCUCCUCCCUCUCCGGCACAUCACCGAUGGGCACCUCAUGCUCCGACGAGCCCUUCAACUUCUGCACCCCGCUCGAGUGGUCGACGCCUUUCUUCGAGGGCUGCGAGCAAGCGACCAACGAGACGCCCAUGAUCGCCAAUAACUUCACAUACCUCGAGGCGACCAAGAUGCGCCAGGAGCACGACCGCAACCAGACCUUGACGCGCGUCAAGACCCUCGAGCAGGAGCGCAACGCCGUCGCCGAGGAACUCUCCCGCCUCGACCAGCGCAUCCUCAGCGAGCGACACGCCUUUGCCUGCAGCCAACAGAACCUCGAGCGCACCCUCGACGAGAUGAGCCAAUGGCGAUACCCCCAAGGCGACGAGUCGAUGUGGUUCCAAUGA